AUGACGACCUCGCAAGAAGACAAAGCACAACUAGGAUGCGUGUUUGCUGGCUACCGCAAAGUGGAUAAUCUGCCUGUUGCAAUCAAGCGUAUCUACAUAGACACCAAACUCCACCUUCACCAUGACGGCAAAGGGAACCAGAUCCCCAUGGAGGUCGCGAUCCUAAUGAAACUAGCGGCUGAAUCGGAGUGGCAUUCAGCACCCAUUAAGCUACUGGACUGGUACAUUGUCGACCCGGAGCUGAUCCUGGUGCUGGAGAGACCAAUGCCGGCCGUAGACCUUGGCAACUACAUUAAAACCAAAGGAGGCUACUUGAAGGAACCGGAAGCCAAUAUUAUAAUUAAGCAGUUGGUGGAUGCAGCAAUUGACCUCGGCCAGAAACACAUUUUCCACCGGGACAUUAAGGUGGAAAAUCUCCUUAUUGAGACCUGCAUGACAUUGCCGCGAGUUCGCCUCAUCGACUUCGGUGUGAGCUGCUUCUACAACGAAGGAGACACCUUUAGCCAGUUGUACGGUACUUACACUCCCCCAGAAUGGCAUAGUCGGAAGGAAUACCAAGCCGGACCCGUGUCAGUAUUCCAGAUCGGGCUGGUCCUGUUCUUCCUGCGACAAAAAGUGACAUAUAAAGAGGGCAUGUCCUUUUUGGAGCUGAAUAAGACCCCUUGGCUUUCCAAAGAUGGCAAAGAUUUCUUUGAGGCGUGCUUCUGUCCGGAUCCGGAUAUUCGUAUCACCCUGGACCAGCUGAAGAAUCACCCGUGGCUGAGAGCCAUGUUUUGUUAGCAAGGCUGGGAGCCACAGGGGAGCAGAAUCGAGAAGAGCUCGUCAGAUAAAACAAAAGUCUUUACUUCAGGCAGGUAAAUCACUGAUAAGCGCUCCCCGUGUCCCAUCGGCGCCCUGGUGGCUCCCUGCUCCCCGUGUCCCGGCGACCGUUCCCUGCUCCCCAUCGGCGCCCCAGCCGAUCC